CCCGUGGUCGGAGGGUGGACCGGCUGGGGUUCCUCUCGCUCGACCGGCAGCAUGCUGUGGCACUGGGUUACCCUGCUGGGUGCGCUCUGCGUCGGGAGCCUCGGGUGUCCCCAAAUCGUCUCCCGCGUCCAAUGGAAGGCGUCCAGAUCGGGGUGCCUGAAGACGUUACGGAAGCCGGUGGACACGGCCGUCGUCCACCACACGGAGAGCGCCGCCUGUACCUCCUCCGUCAGCUGCCGGCGCCAGGUGAAGGUCAUCCAGGACUUCCACCAGGGCCCCAGUAAGAAGUGGUGUGACAUCGGCUACAACUUCCUGAUCGGAGAAGACGGACAGGUGUACGAGGGCCGCGGCUGGAGGACCGUAGGAGCCCACGCGGGACCCGGAUGGAACGGGCGCUCCCUCGGCAUCGCCUUCCUGGGAUCCUUCAAGUCCCGGGUCCCCAACGCCAAGGCCCAGGCCGCCCUGAAGAGCCUCCUGUCCUGCGCCGUGCAGCGGGGCUCGCUCGGGAGCGACUACGUGCUCAAGGGGCACCGCGACGUCGUGGCCACCUCCUGUCCGGGUCAGGCCCUCUACGACGUCAUCCGCCACUGGCCCCACUUCAAGGCCUGAGCCCCCCGGAUCCCCAUCCCCGCACCCCGCGACCCCGGCCCGCCCUCCCCAAUAAAGACCCUGGAAACGGC